UGCCAACCACCAGUAAACCAGAAAAGAAGAAGAAGAUGACGUCAUCAAACAGCGACUGCAUGUGUUUUUACAAACGCGCAAUCCUCACACCGGCAUCGUUUUAAAACUUUCAUCAGUUCGCCCUUUAAUUGCAUCAUUUCAUGUUUUCGUCAUUAGUGAAUGUGUUGUGAAAAUGUCUGUUUUUCAUGACGAAGUGGAGAUAGAAGACUUUGAAUACGACGAAGACGAAGAAAUGUUUUACUUUCCGUGUCCCUGCGGAGACAAAUUCGCCAUCAGCAAAGAGGAUCUAGAAAACGGUGAAGAAGUGGCAACGUGUCCCAGCUGCUCGCUUAUUGUCAGGGUUAUCUACGACAAGGACUCAUUCAUGGUGGGAGAAGUGUUGGAGGCCCCUUCAGAAAGCAAAGUGGAGGUGCUUCAAACCUGAUUCACACUUGACUAAACAAGGACAAAGGUGUCCUUGAUGACUGCUGAUGUAUGCAUCUGCCUUAUUUUCGGACUUGUUUCUGCACUUUAUUGUCCACUCAGCAGGUAAUAAUGAUGCCCUAACUGGCAUUACAUUACACAUGCUGUAAAAUACAUUUUUAUAUUGCUGACAAACUUGCUUUAUGCUCUGUAAUUGAUGGAAAAAUACACAAAUUCAGCAUUUUUUUGCACGAGAAACUUAACAAUCCCACACAUUACAUUAAUAACACAGAUCAGUGGACAAAUACUCAUAUUUAUUUAAUGUUAUUAUUUGUACUCUUCCUGAUGUCAUCACCGCUGUUGAUUCGUCACAUGAUCAGGUAAUAGCUCACGUGAUCAGUCCCGAAGCAGCUUAUGAGAAAGUGUGCUGAGGUUGUUUGUUAAGGAAUGAAAUUAGAAAUGUGUAAAUAUGUCAAUGUUCAUGUUAUUUUAUUCAUUUGUAGUCAUGGCAUUGCGUAUGUAAUGCAAAAGACAUGUUGUACUUACAAUAGCAUGUCUCAAGUACUUUCUUCAUGCUAAUGAUACAAUUAUUUUAAAUAAAUCAAUGACUCCUAUUAAAAUCAUGAUGCCUGUAAAGAAUUGUAUUUAUUUGGUUGUAUUAUUACUUACACCAGGAGGUUAUGUGAUUGCUUUAUAGUUUUUUUCAGUUAAUUAGUGAGUAACAAUUAAAAAAGGUAUGGGCAAAUUUUCUUGAACAUUUUUUUGGGCGGAUAAUUACUUUGUAUUUUACAAUGAUGUUUCUGUGUGUAUAUGUUAGCGGCCCAACAGGAAAAAAAAUACAGUGUAUGACUGACAAGUGAAGCUUCACUCAGUUUCUUUCAUUCCGCUAUAAAUAACUUAAAAAGUUAUGGGUAGAUUUUGUUUCAACUUUUAUAUAAUGUCAGAAAUGGGGUACGGAACAAGUGAUUAUUUUUUUGGCUCAUCCUGAACACUGUCUGGAUUCAGAACUUUUUUUUUAUUGGUAGGUGGACCUCUGUGCUCUCUUUCUAGUUAUUAUAUAUAUUAUUUGGUUUCAUUUUUGAAUGUGUGAAAUGUCACUGAAAAAGAUUUGCGAACAAAAUGAGAAUAUUCUAAAUAUAAAAUCAUCUCAA